UUGAGAGAAUUUGAUUCAAAAAGAAUAAAGUCUAACUUGUCAAGAGAGAGAGAGAGAGAUUUACAUAAAAUAAAAGGAGAGAGAAUCUGGUGGGCUUUGAGCUGUGAUUUAGCUGUCUCUUGAUGUAUUACUUCUCACACACAUAUCUCCAAAAUCCCUAGAAAAAACCCCUCACUCACAUUCCUCUUCUCCUCACCUUCUUUCUCUCUCCUCUCCUCUCAAAUCCAAACCCUUUCCUCUCCCCCACGUUUUGCCUCAGAUCUCAAGGCCAGCAUUUGUUUUGCAGUCUCAGCUUCGGAAUUAGGAAUACCAAGAGCUUAAGAAAACAAAAAAGUGGCAUUUUGUAAAUCAGAUGUCUCAUGUGAGAUGAAGAAGAAGACUCAUUUCAAUCUUCACUCUUCUUUUCAUUUCUCACUUCUCAUUGCCUUCUUUCUCAGCACACUAGUGUGUUGUUGCUCUGCUGACCAGCUGCCCAUUACAACCCAUGGAGGCCUCACUGAUGCAGAAGCGCAGUACAUCAAACACCGCCAGCUCCUCUACUACAGGGACGAGUUUGGUGACAGAGGGGAGAGAGUCACUGUAGACCCUUCUCUUGUUUUUGAAAACUCGAGAAUAAAAAAUGCUUAUAUAGCAUUACAAGCUUGGAAAGAAGCUAUUCUCUCUGAUCCUUUCAAUUUAACUGCAGAUUGGGUUGGAUCUGAUGUCUGCAACUACACUGUAGUUUACUGUGCCCGUGCCCCUGAUAAUAAGACCAUCCGAACUGUUGCCGGCAUUGAUCUUAACCAUGGUGAUAUCGCUGGGUAUUUGCCUGAAGAGUUAGGUCUUCUUUCUGAUCUUGCAUUGUUUCACAUCAACUCCAAUAGGUUUUGCGGUACUGUUCCUCACAAGUUUCAAAACCUCAAAUUACUGUAUGAGCUGGAUCUUAGCAACAACAGGUUUGCCGGUAAGUUCCCAAAUGUAGUUCUCAAGCUGCCUCAACUCAAGUUCCUGGAUCUCAGAUUCAACGAAUUUGAAGGCACUGUACCUAAGGAGCUUUUUGACAAAGAUUUAGAUGCUAUCUUUAUCAACAGCAAUCGUUUCAGAUUUGAAAUCCCGGACAAUUUCGGAAACUCCCCAGUUUCAGUAAUCGUCCUGGCCAACAACAAAUUCCACGGCUGUGUGCCUUCAAGUCUUGGUAACAUGUCGAGACUGAAUGAAAUUAUUCUCAUGAAUAAUGGGUUAAGGUCUUGUUUGCCACAGGAGAUAGGGAUGCUCAAGAAUUUGACGGUUUUUGAUGUGAGUUAUAAUGAGCUUAUGGGUCCUUUGCCAAACACAAUUGGAGGAAUGUUGAGUCUUGAGCAACUCAAUGUGGCUCACAAUAUGCUUUCUGGAAGCAUUCCAAAAAGCAUUUGUCAGUUGCCAAAUUUGCAGAACUUUACCUUCUCUUACAAUUUCUUCACUGGAGAACCGCCGGUUUGCUUGAGUUUACAGUCGUUUGAUGAUAGAAGGAAUUGCUUACCGUCUAGGCCGGUACAGAGGUCGGCAGCGCAAUGUAAGUCGUUCUUGUCUAAACGUGUGGAUUGUUCUUCGUUUAGAUGUAAACCUUUUGUUCCUUCUUUGCCACCUCCACCUCCCCCUUCACCACCAAUGCCGGUUCCUUCUCCUCCUGUUGUGGUUCCCUCACCUCCACCCCCAGUUUCCUCUCCACCACCACCACCACCACCACCACCUUCUUCACCUCCUCCCCCAGUUUACUCACCACCACCUCCACCUCUUUCGCCCCCACCACCAGUUUACUCUCCCCCACCGCCGCCUCCUUCACCUCCUCCACCACCCCCGCCAGUUUAUUCACCACCGCCUCCUCCUUCACCUCCACCACCAGUUUACUCACCGCCACCACCACCUCCUCCACCAGUUUACUCAUCACCUCCUCCUCCGCCACCAUCACCAUUGCCCCCAUGUGUCCGUUCACCACCACCGCCUCCACCAAAUUCACCUCCACCUCCAUUAUUCUCUCCACCACCACCAACCCCUUAUAUUUAUAGCUCACCACCUCCGCCACAACACUCACCUCCUCCACCACCACACUCACCUCCACCACCACCACAUUCACCACCACCUCCUGUUUAUCCAUACUUAUCACCUCCACCUCCUCCACCUCCUCCACCAGUCCAUUCACCGCCACCACCAUCUCCACCACCUUGUAUAGAACCACCUCCACCUCCACCACCCCCAUGUGCUGAAUAUUCACCACCGCCGCCGCCACCAUCGCCAACGCCGCCACCACCAAUUCAUUACAAGCCACCACCAUCACCAUCUCCACCACCACCACCUGUAGUCUAUGCUUCACCACCUCCACCAGUUCACUACAGUUCACCACCACCACCGCCAGUUCACUACAGUUCACCUCCACCACCGGUUCAUUACAGCUCACCUCCCCCACCAGUUCAUCACCAUUCACCACCACCACCACAUUACAGUUCACCUCCACCACCAGUUCAUUACAAUUCACCACCACCACCAUCGCCGCCACCGCCAGUUCCAUGUGAAAACCCACCACCAUCUCCAUCACCGCCACCUCCUACCCCAGUAUAUGAAGGGCCAUUGCCGCCAGUGAUUGGAGUCUCUUACGCUUCGCCUCCGCCACCACCCUUCUAUUGAUUCUUUUGAGAAUUUUCGUCCUCUAACCUUUCAUCAACUACACAAACAUUAGUUACGGAGUACGGCUUUAUUAUCCUCUUCUGGUUGGGCAAUUCUCGUCGCUCUGUGGAGGAAGAAAAAUAAAGAGAUUGAAAUUGGAGAUUAAAAAUAGUUUUGUGCAGUUAUUGGAAUUGAGUGAUCCCGAAGAGGUGAAAAAGAAAAGAAUAGAGAGAGGUAAGAGGAGAAAGUCUCUCCAUAUUUAUUUGAAUUGUUAUGAAUAUUUGAGUUGUGAAAUAAAAAUGGCAGAGAAAGAGUUUUAGGUUCCAGAGAAAGUGUAUGUAUAGGGAUGAAUUGGUGACCAUUAUCAUCACAGCUUACAGAUUGCUUUGCUGGUGUUCGUGAUGGCUUUGGUUUGUGGGUUUUUUAUUGUUAUUAUCUCUUCUUCUUCUUCUUUUUAACUAUCAUACUUUUGCUUUCUUUUCCAUUUUAUAGUAUAAUCAUGAACAUUUUACUUGUAUUUGAUUUCAGAAUUCUUCUCAUUCCUUAUAUUCUCAGUUUUUCUUUCUUACUUGUGAAUCCAUAUUUGUAUAUUGAUUAUUAUGGUGUCAAUUCAGAUAAUGGAUCUCUGUAUAAUUAA